GUAAAGCGCGUCUCUACCACUCCAAGCGUCGGUACAAAAAUCGCCUGAUGCUUUAGUGACUUAUUUGAAUACGAGUGGUGAAUAUGACUAUUUCUACCAAUACAUGGAGUGCUUUGUGAUUACUCGAUAGUGACGAUCAUAGUUGGAUUAAUCAUGAUCAUAGUUAACGAAAAAACUGGAUAAAUUGUGGAUCGAGAGAGUGACCGAUCCCAAUCCGGUUUUAUUCGCGAGUUUUUAAAUCCGGUGAAUCGAAGGAGUUUGGAAUAGCAAUUAUCGUAUUUAAUAGGAUCCCUAGUGCGUGGUAAAGCGCAUGAAACUAAUUUAUUGAAGUAAAAGGAGAUGAAUCACAACGGAAGGAUGGAAAAUCGUGGUCGAUGGGCCUGGGCGAGGCCCGUGGGGACCCUUGCAUUGUUCGUCCUACUCUCAGGAACUCUCGGUGAAACAACAAAGCUGAGGCACUUCAGACACUUAGACACACGAUCACAGCACUUCAGUGUAGAUGAAUCAUUGACGCGGGAUGACAAACACAAUCACAAACCUGUAUUUUCGGAUUGUUCGGUUUAUGCACCAGUGGUUAAGGAAGAAGAGCCAGCAGGUACCAUUGUCAUUCAGGUGCAUGCGGAGGAUAGAGAUCCACCUGAUGCAGGAGGAACAAUAACAUAUAGCUUUGUGACUGCACCCGGUGAAAAGCUUAAGUUUGAAAUCAACAACGUAACCGGUUUCAUAAAAACAACCCAAAUGCUGGACAGAGAUGAACCGGCGCGCGAGAAGGAAGCCUGGUUAACUGUUUUAGCAACAGACAAUGGACGUCCCCAAUUGGACGACGUUUGUAACUUUAAAGUCACCAUUGAGGAUGUCAAUGAUAAUUCUCCAGUAUUUGACAAAGUGGUCUCACGCGGAUAUUCACUAUACAAGGCAUACACCGAAUCAGUACCACAAGACUUGCGAAUAGAUCACGAGGUGAUGAGAGUAUCUGCUACCGACAUUGACGAUGGAAAUAAUUCGGUAGUACGAUACAGCAUAUCAUCAAAGCGCCCAGAAGACACUGGAUAUUUUCGAAUAGACGAAAAAACUGGUGUAAUAUUUCUGAACCGAACCAUCGACAGAGAACCAGAGUACAAAUUUCGUAUGAUAGCGAGAGCCGAUGAUCUUGGUAAAGAUCCACAUGGAAAUAACAUAGAUUUGGACAUUCGUGUCGUUGAAUCGCACAAGAAAGCACCAGCAUUUCUACCUCGAUCCCUUGAACCCAUUCGUAUACGUGAAAACUUCAGUGACUUUGAUGCAACGAUUGUACGUCUGGAGGGAGUUUCAAACAUAAAUGACAGUCCAGAUUUACUAUUUGAACUUUUACCUGGUAGAACAGAACAAACAAACAAGGGCAAUACCUUCAGAUUGGAGUCAUCAAAAAAUACAGCUGAAAUUAAACUCGCCCAACAUUUGGAUUAUGAGAGUAACACUGAAUACACAUUGAGUGUUCGUGUGCAGAAUAAAUAUAAUUUAGCUGCUGAAACUGUUGUUAACAUCGAAGUACUCGAUGUUAAUGAUAAUAUGCCAUUGUUUCGUGAAAUGAAAAAGGGCACUGUUCUUGAGAAUGAACCUGCUGGUGUGCCUGUUAUGCAAGUACGUGCCAUUGAUGCUGAUGGUACAUCAACCCACAAUCAGGUCACAUAUUAUCUCAGUGAUCCGGACGGUUACUUUCUCAUUGAUAAAACUACUGGUAAUAUAACAACAAAGACUUCACUUGAUAGAGAGGCUGAGGAUACGUACAAUGUUAAAGUAAUAGCAAUUGAUAACUCACCCAGUGCUCUAUUAAAAAAUGGUGAUCCCAACAAAGGUGAACAAGAUUUUAGAAUUGAAAUUGCUGAUAAAAAUGACAAUUCACCAGUUUUCACGCAGUCUGUCUACACAGCCAAUGCAAUACUUGAGAAUGCCAACAUAAAUGCUCUAGUUACGGAAGUAAAAGCCCUGGAUAAAGACACAGCUAGUCCCGUUAUUUACAGUAUAAUAUCUGGUAACACGGAUAAUAGUUUCUAUAUUGAGGGUACAACUGGUAAAAUACGUGUCAAUCAACCCCUUGAUUAUGAAAAAAUAACAGAGUACAAUUUAACUGUUCGUGCAUUUGAUGGUGUAUUUGAUGACAAUGCUAUGGUUAAAAUAUUUAUCGAAAAUGUUAAUGAUAAUCCACCGAUAUUCGAGGAAUUUGACAUGUAUCCGACGAUUGAAGAGGAAAAACUUGUUGAUGGAUGUAUAACAACGGUGAAAGCUUAUGAUCCAGAUAUAAAAGAUAGAACUGUCGAUCAACGUAUUGCAUAUUUCAUUGUUAAAGACGACCAGAAACCCUUAAUUGGCAUUGACAAAUCUGGCUGUAUGACACUGAAGAAACCACUCGACAGAGAUCCUCCAAAGGGAUAUCCAAUGUGGUCGGUAAUUGUAUUGGCUAUGGACGAUGAUGGCUCUCCAAAGGCACUACACGGUCAUGUUACUAUCAACAUAACACUCAUCGAUAUAAAUGACAAUGCCCCAUUUUUGGAUAUGCAACAACCAGUUGUGUGGUAUGAAAACGAAAAACCCGGUAAUAUAACUAGACUCAAAGCUAGAGAUUGGGAUUCUGACGAUAAUGGCCCACCAUUCAAAUUUAGUAUUGAUCUCAAUACCGCUGACGAAGUGAUAACAAGUAAAUUUGCCAUUAUUGGCGACGAUCUUCGAGCUAAAGUCACGUUUGAUCGCGAGGAGAGAAAAAGUUAUAAUAUACCAAUUGCUAUAAGUGACAGUGGAGUGCCCUCAAUGACUGGCACAUCGACACUUACAGUUGUCAUUGGUGAUCAGAAUGACAAUGCAAUGGCGGAGGGCUCGAGUUCAAUAUUUGUCUAUAAUUAUAAAGGCAAGGCACCGGACACGGAAAUCGGCAGGGUAUACGUUAAUGAUCCUGAUGACUGGGAUUUACCAGACAAAACAUUCAGCUGGUAUGGUCAGAGUCAUCCUGGUUUUCGAUUAAAUCCAAUGACUGGUAUGAUAACGCUUCUCUCAGGCACCGAGAGUGGUACAUUUUUGCUCAAAUUCAAAGUUACUGAGGAGAGUCAAAUUGUCCAAUUUCAUGAGGUGGAUGCUUUCGUCAAUGUCACCGUUAAGGAAAUACCUGAAGAGGCCGUUGUCAACUCUGGGUCAAUACGAUUGUACGGAAUUACAGCUGAGGAGUUUGUAACACCUAAUGACGUGGGUAUCAGCAAAAAGGAUAUAUUUCAGGAGAGAUUUGCGACAUUGUUAAAUAAUACCAUUGAAAAUAUCGAUGUAUUUACUGUUCUCCAUUCACCACAUUACAAUAAUAAGAGUUUACUAGAUGUGAGGUUCUCGGCGCAUGGAAGCCCUUACUAUGCACCUGAGAAAUUAAACACAAUUGUUGCUCAAAAUUCUAAAGGAAUAUCUGAUGAACUUGGCGUCGAAAUAAUGCUUAUUAACAUUGAUGAAUGUCUCUUUGAAAGAACUCAUUGCAACAAUUCUUGUCGUAGUCAUUUGAAUGUAGAUACAGUGCCAUAUGCAGUCUAUACAAAUACAAGUUCAUUUGUUGGAGUGCGUGCUGUAGUUCAUCCUGUAUGUAUGUGCCACGUGGCUGAGCCAAUAAUGUGCCUCAAUGGUGGAACACCGCUGCUCGACCGCUGUGAGUGCCCUCCAGGUCUAGAGGGGCCACGUUGUGAAUUACUUGGAAUUGGAUUUCAUGGUGAUGGAUGGGCUGUUAUGCCACCACCUGGACAGGCGUGUGAUGACUCUCACUUGGGACUUGAAUUAAUGCCAUACGCUGAUGAUGGUCUUGUUUUUUAUUUUGGACCAAUGAGUUACAGUAAAUUACUUGGAGUACAGGAUUUUAUGGCACUGGAAAUACGCAAUGGUUUUGCUGUACUUCAUGUUGAUUAUGGAAGCGGUACUGUCUCACUUGAUCAAACGAAGAUCAAAUUAACAGAUGGAAAGAGUCACAGGGUGGAUGUGUAUUGGACAAAAACAACUAUUGAAAUGAAAGUCGAUAAUUGUGGAAUUUCCGCGUGCAUGCUGUUGACAGCACCAGUUGGACCAAAUGAAUUUUUGAAUGUCAAUAGCCCAUUGCAGAUUGGUGGAACUUUUACUAAUUUAAAGGAGAUGGCACGACUCUUUGGAUGGAGCUAUAAUCCAGUAAAUAGAGGAUUCUCGGGAUGUAUUAGGAAUAUGACAAUCAAUAGUAAUACGUAUAAUCUUGGUAUGCCAGCAUUAUCGAAGAACGCUGAUCCAGGGUGUGAUCAUGGUAUGGCCAGAGCAGUGUCCUUUGGAAUCGAUUCAAAUUUCCUAGUUGCUAUACUAGUUUGUGUUGCUAUUCUGCUGAUACUGCUGCUGGCGGUUGUCGUGCAUAGGAGAAAGCGCGAUGAUUUGUACAAGGAUAUGGAUGACAUAAGGGAAAACAUCAUCAAUUAUGAAGAUGAAGGAGGUGGUGAAGUUGACACUGGAUAUGAUUUGAAUGUUUUACGGCGCAUUUACGAUGCACCGCCUAUCGAUUCAAAAAUUGCACCGUCUGCACACCAAGGUCGAGCGCCUGAUGAAGUGCCAGAUAUUUGUGGAUUCUUAGACAGCAAGAAAGAAAGCUGUGAUAAAGAUCCUGACACCAAUCCUUUCGAUGAUGUCAGGCAUUAUGCUUAUGAGGGAGAAGGAAAUUCAGAUGGAUCUUUGUCUUCCUUAGCAUCAUGCACAGAUGAUGGAGACCUGAAGUUCAACUAUCUGUCCAACUUCGGCCCGAGGUUUAGGAAAUUAGCUGAUAUGUAUGGUGAAGAGCCGAGUGAUGAAGAAAGCGAUGGUGUUGAAGAGGGUGAAAGUGAAAGUUGGUGUUAAUGCGCUCUUGCCCCCCCCCUCUCUCACCUCCCUGUGUAUCAACAAUAUAAGGGCCAUAAAUGAUAAACUGUUAAAUUACAGAUUACGAAAGAAAUAUGAAUUUAACAAUGAACAAUUAUUAAUUGCAAGAUAUCGAUCUUGCUUGUACUUAAACAGAACGCAGCUAAUUCCGGGCUAAUACCUGUAAGAAUUAUUUUGGAAAUGAGAUGAAACAAUGUGUUAAAGGUGAAAGACGAUGAUCGAACGUGACUUUCGUAACGCCAAAGAAUGAGACAUGCAGGAUGCUCAGAGAAUGAAGAAUUAACGUGAUAUGGUAUUUAAAGAUUUGUCUGAGACUUAUCUAAUUAACAAGAGCUCUGAAUAUUUUUCUACAAUGAAAAAUCAGACUAUAUGAUUUUUCUUUCAUAAUCGUGACACCAUUCGCUUAAUCGUUUUCGUCUCGCUAAUGACAGCAGAAAAAUCCUCAGAAUCUUCUGCAGGUAGGACAAUCGCAAGGAAAUAUCAAUCUAUACAGCGGAUCAAUAUAUACCAGAUUGAAAAGGGUAUGUUAAUUAGAUAACUGUGGAUGAACCAGUCUCACUUACUCAAUUAACCUAAAUUUCCGUCAUAUUCGAUUUGGAAUGAGAUUGGAAGUAAUUUGACUGGAUUGAAUUGAUGCCUGAAAUAUGAACAUUUGAUAAAAUAACUCCUCACAAAGGUAUCUUUCUAACUCUCGGAAGGAAUCUGCAUUACUAAAUUUUCAGUUUAUCUCCUUUGCACUAUUGAUUAUAUAACAAAGCGGAAAUCACGUACAUUCUUCACCCAGUUGUCAUAUCAAAUAGAAGAGUUCCAUGAAAAGUCCGAAUUUCAAUGUGCACUGACGCUCUGGCACAAUAAUUCUUUCCAUACAAUUUUUUGUCGAGUUAGAGGAUCAAGUUGUAGAAACAAUGAUUGUCAGUAAUAGGACCUCAAAUGCGAUAUUGUGUCUUCGAUAAAAUGGACGAAUCGCAUACAGCAGAUUAAUCCUACAAUACAUAAAUCGUAUAUAUCUCCUUGUUUACUUGUCAGUUAAAGCAAACGAUAUUUUCUUUUCCUUUAUUUUUUAUAAUUUAUCAGUUAACGGAAAAACGGAAAGUAUUUGACUGAAUUUGGAAAUAAUAUAUCAAUUUUGUUCAGAUUCCUUCAUUCAUUUGAACUGCAAAAUAUGAUAUCAAUUAAACUAUGUGUGAAUGUUCAUACUGCGAAUGAAUUGACGUCAAAAGCUGAUUGUUAAUACUCUUAAGAUUUAUGGACAUGGAUAACUCGAGUUUAUAACUGAAUCAUGUAUUACUGUUGUAAAAAGAGACGUUAGUGGGGCAAUUUCUUAGAAUACUAUUGUAUGUGCGUAGAUGUAAAAUAAUCAUUAUGAGGAAAACGUGUUUUUCGGAGAGGAAAGCUGAAAAAUCAAGUGUAUCAAUACUUUGCGAUGUAUGAGUACUGAUUCAAUUGAUAUCGAAUAUUUCAAUGAUCAACUUGUGCGAAUUUUCAACUAUCAUAAUGCUUUGGUCAAAGGGAAAUGACGAAUUACUUCGGGCUGCAUUCUUUCGUUCAACUAGAAAACUAAUUAACUGCGAGUCAUUAUGGAAAAUCUAUAAUUGUAUUGAGUCUGAAACUAGAGAAAUUAUUAUUUAGAAUUGUCUUAUUUAAUGAGGGGAAUAUCAGGAACAAACUCAGAAGUGUGACCCCGAAUUUGAUCAUUCUACUUUAUGAAAAUAAUAAGUAAAACGACAGACUUCAAUAAAAAUAAAUUUUCCAAAUUAACUGCACGGAAAAAAGAUCUGCACAAGUGGUUGAUUUAUUCGUGAAAAUGUGACAUGUGUUGUAGCACACGUGUCUCUAAAAUUAUUCACCGAUGACAAGCGAAUAUAAAAAUUCUCACUGUGCUAAGGCUUCCAUAUAUAGAAAUACAAAGAAAAAUUACCGACCGUUAUUACUUUUACGUCUUAUGAAAAAAUAAAAAUCGGCUGUUGACUGUAUUUGAUAUAGAAACAAUUCAUUAUAAUAAAUGUAAAAAAUAAUACUGUGAAAUAUUUUCACAGAUACUGCGAUGAACUUCAAUUAUAUCACGUUAAGAUUUUUUUUUAAUAAACUUUGUUUAUGAACUCAUUUUUUAAAUUCAAUUAUUUUGUAAUAAUUCUUUUUGUACAAAAUGAAAAAAGAGAAAGAUCAAUUCUGUAUAUCGUAUCGAAAAAUAUAUGCAUAUAUAUACUUCGAUAUCGGUAUCCGUAUAUAGAUAUAUCAAUACGAAAAAUAUCAUGGUUUAUAACAGUGUAUUAGUAAUAUUGAACUAUCGAAAUUCGUUUUAUAUUCAUAUUAUUGAACAUUCCAUAGGGUAAAGACGAAAUAAUGCGUACGAAUCGAAUAAAGAGAUAGUAGAAUAUAAUAAGAGUGAGUGAUCUUAAAAUUAGGCGUUCAAAGAUGUUAUUUUUUUCAUCGGCUGUGGAUGAAUUGAGAUAAUUUUUAUGAACUUUAUGAAACUUUCAAAUGGUCGCAUAUCACUCGAAAUGGAUUGAAACUGAUUACGAAUGCUAGUGGAGAAUAUGGACGUCCAUGGAUUAAUGGGAGCUGAACAUAUUAGACACCUUGAACGUGUGUUUUGCAUUUGUAUUAGAGAGUAGUUCUGUAGAACGAAUGCAUGCAAAUAUCGACGAUUAUGCCGUGAAAAGUCAUUUACAGUGAUUGAAUAUUUCAAUGUACAAUAUUUCCUGACAUAAAAAACAUGUUUUCAAACACAUCUUGAUUCAACCUGAAGAAUCUUAAGUUAAAAAUGACCACAGAAAAAGAAGUUCUGAUGAAUAUUUAUAUAAUAAAUUGUUACUUUCUUUGCAAUCACAGAAGGCCAUUGCUGAGACUAUUCGUUAUUCAAUCUUAAGAUGUCUAUUUUUUCCUGACGUGUUCACUCCGUGUGAAUGCAAGACAUUUUUCUGUUUCAGAUGUCCACUAGUGAGAAAUAAAAAAUUCUAUCCUUAAUUAGAAUAUCAUAAUGGAUAUAAUUGAUAUGAUGAUAACUUGGUAACUUAUCAACAAAAUAAUUUUUGAAAAGGCAUAUGAAAAGGCUUCUUCUGUAAAUGUUCUGGCUCUGAAAAUCAAUAUUUCUUUUUUCUAUCUAAUAAUAACUUCCAAUAUCAGUCGGUUAAAUAACUCCCUUUGAAUAAUUCACGCGCAUUAUCAAAAGAAUUCCACAAAAAGUUCCAAAAUAUUUAAAAAUUGCAGGAAUUUAAGCGACUGUUCUCGUAAACUUUUCUGUUAUUCUCUUCCUCUAGUUAUGAUACUUUCAUAGUUAUGAUUCAAGAAGAAAAUAUAUCUUCAGAUUUUUAAUCUGAAUAAAAAUCUGACUUAUUGAGUUUCGCGAAACUAUCGAAUCCCUCAGUGAUCACGACCUAAAGAUCAAUAUUUCCAUGCAUUCAUUGAUGAUGAAUCACUUAUCUUCAAAUGUUUACGUCGCACUGCCGUUAUUGUAAUAAAAGAAUGAUCAUUGAUUGAUAAAGUAAAAUGCAAAUGAGUAAUUGUCUAAUGCAGUAAUCAUGGUACAGGUUGACGGAGAAAAGGCAAUGAAAAUAAGUGAAAUGAAAAUUGUUGAAAAAAAUUGUAAUGUAUAUGAUGUAUUAUCAGCUUAAACACAGAGGGUGAAAAAAAACUAAGAAAGACCUACUAAACGCAAUGUGUUCCCCAGAAAACCAUUUUGUGAUAACUUCCAUUUUUUGGGGGUACUCUUUUGUCACUAGUUUUCAAAUUAAUUUUUCAACGAUUGUAAUUAAGAAUUAUCAAUUUUUUAGUAAUAAAAGAUGAAUGCAAUUGAA